ACCUUAAAGCUUGUCGCUCCAGAUCAGCGGUCGCGCUCGUGCCAGCGGCGGUGUGGUCCGGUGCGGAGGGAUGGGGGCAGGGUUCGAGUCCAGCGCGGGAUUCACGGCAGUCUGCAGCAUUCACUUAAAACAGGAUGCACGCGCAGACGAGUAGAAGCUUCAUGUUUAAGCCCCGUCUGUUUCAGCAACGGGACGUUUUGUUUGUACUUUAGUGAGAGGAGUAUACUCAUCUUUUCUUCAACUUCCUCUAGGUGGGGACACCAGGACAUCGUUUUUAGACGCGUUAUUUCUUUUCGGACAUUACUGUUUCAGUGUACUUCACGCAGUCAAUGGUGUAUGUGUGUGAGUAAAGGUCGAUGCUGCAGUCAGACUCUUGGGAUGUGUAAGACCUUCAUCAGUCCUAAAUUUCUGCAGCUUAUACAAGCUGAACCCAGGGCAUCUGUGCAAGAUUAUAUGUCCUGGGCGUGUGUACGCCAUGGCUCUAGUUCAGGCUCUGCCUGUGCCCACUGAUCACCCGAAACCCAGCGCUGAGGUCCAGCAGUGCUGCUCAGUGUCUCACUCCCCCACUGUGGCUACGCCAGGCACCAUGGGUUCCGUCAGCAGCCUCAUUUCCGGACGUACCUACCAGGAGCGCCACUGCCGAGCCGUCAGCGACUACGGUGCUAAGUAUCGUAAACCCACACCAGCUACCAGCUGUUUCCGACAACAAGAGGGAACGCUCCGAAGUGCCAGCUCACAGGAGCACCUUCUCAACAACCAGCCUCCCCUACCUGCUAAAACCAAGUCUUCUGCCCUUAACUCUGCUGGCAAUGGUAACUACGGCUAUCUGAGUGAUGAGCCGGUGGGUGACUGGAAUGAUAACCAUGUGUCCGCAUGCAGCCCGUGCAGUGACACUGAAGAACCUCCUGAUAACAGGGGCAUGAAUGGUAACAUUGGUGGCCCUCCUCCCAAGCUCAUCCCAGUUUCAGGCAGGCUGGAGAAGAGUAUGGAAAAGAUCCUGAUCCGUCCAACUGCCUUUAAGCCUGUUGUGCCCAAGAAUCGCAAUUCGGUGCAGUACCUGUCUCCAAGGCAAGGGGGCAGUUUGUCUGAAAGCCAGAGCAGUCUCAAUCUCUUACUUCCUGGUGCUGGAGCAGGGUUAGGUGAGAAGCGAAACUCAUACAGUGGGGGUCGCAAUGCAAGGAGUAGCCAAUCCUGUACCAUGUCAGACUCAGGACGCAACUCCCUCUCCAGCCUGCCCACCUACAGCAGCACUGGAUACAGCCUGGCACAGAGCGAGGUACCCAAUGGGAAUAUAGAAACACGCUCCGGUGGUGGACACGGACACUCUAAUUCCGACAGCGGUCGAUCAUCAUCGAGUAAGAGCACGGGGUCUUUAAGUGGCCGAGGCCAGCCCCUUUCAGACAGCGGGUCUUGUGGAAGGUCCCCGGCUCCGGGGGAAGGAUACGAAGGGGUCAUUCGUGAUCUAGAGGAGAAACUGAGGGAACGAGACCUGGAGCUACAGCAACUCAGGGAAAAUCUGGAUGAGAAUGAGGCAGCCAUUUGUCAGGUGUAUGAGGAGAAGCAGAAGCGUUGUGAGCAGGAGUUGGAGGAUCUUCGGCAGAGUUGUGCAUCCAAGAUGAAGCAGGCACAGUUAAAGGCUCAACGUGCGCAACAGGUGCUUCAGUUGCAAGUGUUCCAGCUGCAGCAAGAAAAGAAGAAAUUGCAGGAAGACUUUUCUCAACUGUUGCAGGAAAGGGAGGCGUUGGAGAAGAGAUGUGCCUCUUUUGAAAAAGAGCAGACUCAACUUGGUCCCAGAUUAGAAGAAACGAAGUGGGAGGUAUGUCAGAAGUCAGGGGAGAUCUCUCUGUUGAAGCAGCAGCUAAAGGACGUACAAGCGGACAUUGGUCAGAAGGCUAGUGAGAUUGUUGCAUUGAAGGCCCAGAUGAGAGAGGUUCGCUCCGAGCUGCAAGCCAGCCAGGCUCGAUCGCAAGAGGCUCACGCCACAGCCCGGACCCGCACUCUAGAACUGGAGGUCUGUGAGAAUGAGCUACAGCGCCGUAAGAGUGAAUCCGAGCUCUUGCGAGAAAAGAUGGGACGAUUGGAACAAGAGUCUCUCCGUCUCAAGGAGGCUCUGGCAGUGCCGAUUAACCAACCACCUAAAGGGCAAUGCAUGAGCCUGCCUCUGCCUCAAAGCCGUGUUGGAAUUGCCCACGGGUUAAGCCCUGCUUUCCGGGACAAUAGCAGUGAAGAGCAACUUCUGGCAUAUGAGAGCGAUGAAGCGAAAGUGCAACGGCAGAGCAUGGACGUGUUACAUGGACUCCGUCAGCAAGUGGAGCGGAUGCGAGCGGAGCUGAUGUAUGAGAGGAGACGGAGUGAAGACCAGCUGGAGGCCUUCGGGGAGGAGCGCAGGGUGUGGCAGGAGGAGAAAGACAAGGUGAUCCGUUACCAGAAACAGCUGCAGCAGAAUUACAUCCAGAUGUAUCGUCGGAACCGUGACCUGGAGCGGGUGAUGAGGGAACUCAGUCUGGAGCUGGAGAACAGGGACAUGGAGGAGUUUGACAUGCGUGGCAAUGAGAUCCACUUUGAGGAGAUCACUGCCACUGAAAUCUAGCCUACGUCUCACUUUCCGCCAUCAGUCCGUGCCCCCAGAAUUCACUUUUACUGUGGUUGUGUGAGGAAUAUCAGUAGUCACAGGCAUGCUAUUGUUGUGGAGCGCCAGGCCCAGAUGGAAUCUGCAGACCAGGAAAAUGUUUGGAAUGGAUUUAAACAUGUAUUAAUGGUGCCCAAUACUCUACACUAUUGUGAGUAGUUAAACCAUAAUCAAAUUAGGCAACUAAC